UGGUGUGGAAGGAGGAGGAGAGAGAGGAGAAGAAGAGGAUGAUGAUGAUGAUGAUGGGAUGAUGGUGAUGAUCUCUCCCUCCUGGACUCUUCUUUUCUCGCCCCUUUCGGUCGUCUUCCUCGCCUCGACAGGUACGCGGAAGAGGCGGAGCUCCGCCUGCCGCCGCCAUCACUACUACUGUUGCCUGGUCCUUCCCGCCACCGUCCUCACCAAUACUAACGACAGUUGUCCUUCUGCCCUCUCAUUAAGAGCGAAAAGAAGAGAGAGAGAUAUUUCUCACCGCCACCACCACCCAUCAACUAAUCCUUCCAACGGGAGAUUCCUUCUCUAUUCUUAAUUCCAGAGAGAAAGAGAGAGAGAGAGGGAGAGAGUCGUUGGUGGUUUGUAAGGUGAGGCAAUGGGGAACUGCCUCUGCUGCUCCUCGGAGUCCGCUUCGCCGGGGAAGCAGCAAAGCCAUGAGCAACAGAAGCAGAAAAAGCGGCGGAAAAGAAAGGAGCAGCGGCCUAACCCAUUUGCUGGCAACUACGGUGGGACGGGGACGGUGCCGGCCGUGCGGGUCCUGAAGGACGUCCCUGUUGGCCGGAGCUGCAUCACCGAUAAGUACGUGCUUGGGAGGGAGCUCGGGCGAGGGGAGUUCGGCAUCACCUACCUCUGUACCGACCGGGAAACCCGCGAGGCUCUCGCCUGCAAGUCUAUCUCCAAGCGGAAGCUCCGGACAGCCAUCGACGUGGAGGACGUCCGGCGGGAGGUAGCCAUCAUGGGCAGUCUUCCCGACCACCCUAACGUCGUGAAGCUCCGCGCCACCUACGAGGACGCAGACGCCGUCCACCUCGUCAUGGAGCUCUGCGAGGGCGGGGAGCUCUUCGACCGAAUUGUCGCUCGUGGCCACUACAGCGAGCGCGCCGCCGCGACCGUUACCCGCACCAUCGUGGAGGUCGUCCAGAUGUGUCAUAAAAACGGCGUGAUUCACAGAGACCUGAAGCCAGAGAAUUUUCUGUUCGCAAAUAAAAAGGAGAAUUCGCUGCUAAAAGCGAUUGAUUUCGGACUUUCGGUCUUCUUCAAACCAGGUGAACGAUUUUCAGAGAUUGUAGGAAGCCCAUAUUACAUGGCACCGGAAGUUUUGAAGCGCAAUUAUGGGCAGGAGGUCGAUGUGUGGAGUGCAGGAGUAAUCCUCUACAUUCUGUUGUGUGGGGUACCGCCGUUUUGGGCAGAAACCGAGCAAGGUGUUGCUCAGGCGAUUCUUCGGUGCGUCGUUGACUUCAAGAGAGAUCCUUGGCCCAAAGUUUCUGACACUGCAAAAAGUCUUGUUCGCCAGAUGCUAGAGCCUGAUCCAAGGAGAAGGUUGACAGCUCAGCAGGUUCUUGAUCAUCCUUGGUUACAAAAUGCUAAAAAGGCUCCAAAUGUUCCUCUGGGAGAUAUUGUGAGGUCAAGGCUCAAGCAGUUCUCUAUGAUGAAUAGAUUCAAAAAGAAAGCCCUGAGGGUAAUUGCGGAACAUUUGUCUGUUGAAGAAGUAGAAAUCAUAAGAGACAUGUUUAGAUUGAUGGACACUGACAACAAUGGAAAAAUUACUUUUGAGGAAUUAAAAGCUGGUCUGCAGAAAGUUGGAUCCCAGUUAGCUGAGCCUGAAAUGCAAAUGUUGAUGGAAGCGGCCGAUGUUGAUGGGAAUGGAACAUUGGACUAUGGGGAAUUUGUCACAGUCACAGUCCACUUGCAGAAGAUGGAAAAUGACGAGCACUUUAGAAGAGCCUUUUUGUUUUUUGACAAGGAUGAAAGUGGUUAUAUUGAAAUGGAUGAGCUAAGGGAAGCACUGAUGGAUGAAUAUGGAGAAACUGAUGGUGAAGUAUUAAAUGAUAUUAUGCGUGAGGUAGAUACAGAUAAGGAUGGUCGCAUCAGUUAUGCGGAAUUUAUAUCCAUGAUGAAAACGGGAACGGAUUGGAGAAUGGCUUCUCGUCACUAUUCAAGAGAGAGAUUCAAGAGCCUAAGCAUUAAUCUAAUGAAGGAUGGCUCCCUGAAAGUUGAUGAUGAUUUCAAGGGUUGAUGAAGCAGGCAUGCAUCCAGUUCUUUGGAUAAUCUCAUGUGAAACUCAAAAAGGAGUUUGUUUAUGAUGCUGUGAGGUUUGAUGCCUAGAUGAGCAUCUGCCCUUGACAGUAUCUUUGAGUACCAAAUCAAUUGUUUGUUCCAAGUGAUGCCAACAGGCGUGCAAUUGCAAUCUGUAUGAAACGGUGGUCUUCAUACAGAAAGAUGAAGAAAGCUGCAUUUGUUGGAAAAUUUGGCGGUUUAUGUUUGCUCACUUGUUUGUUUCGUUCAAAAAUGUGCCGUAUAUAUGUGUAUCUUCUAAAACAAGGCAGAUUUGCAGAGGGUUAUUUUGUCCACUAGAAAUCCAAGCAUCAGAAAGGAAAUGUAUUCUUGUAUUUAAGAGUGUCUUCUCACAUUUCUUCCAUGUUGGUCUUCUAAGGAGAUUGACAGACCACUUCUUCAUGCCCUCUAAUUUGUUUCUUUUUUGGAGGUCUCCAGCGGGUGUUCCUUUGCAACAAAUGCUGAGUGAAUGGCUGUGCCUGCAAAAGAAAGGCUUGUACAUGUAAGCGAGAUUGCUCAUGUGGGUUUACUUUUACUUUGUUCCAAUGUUUAGAUAUUUUUAUUUGAGUUUCA